CAGUGAUCUUCUGGUGAAGAUAGCGGAUUUUGGACUAUCCCGUGACAUGCACGAAUCGGAUUACUACACAAGCGGCGAUGUUCAGGCUAAGCUGCCUAUCAGAUGGCUGGCUCCCGAGUCCAUGGAACGUCGAGUGUACAACGCCAGGACUGACGUGUGGUCAUACGGUGUGCUCCUGUGGGAGAUUUUCAGUAAGGGUGCAAAACCGUAUCCAGGAAUUCCCAACCAAGAUGUGUAUGAUUUCUUGAAGAGAGGUCAACGCAUGGAUGCUCCCAAGAACUGCCCGCCAGAAAUGUAUGUUCAAACAGCGGUCACCAUUACCUUUAAAUAA